AUCUAUGAGAAGGUUGUCUUAACACAGCAUUGGCGCGUCUGUAUCAUGCAGAACCACAGCGGUUCCAGUUUAAACUCCACCAGCUGGACGACCGUUGAUCUGGUCAGCAGUGGUCUGAUGAGUCUCUGCUUCAUGAUUGGAGUUCCUGGUAAUAUUGCAGUAAUUCUUUUCAUAGUUAAACAUUUCAAAAAGAACAAUUUCACCGUUCAACUGAUGCUGAAUCUGGCAGCUGCAGACAUCUUGUGUUUGAUAACCCUGCCUGUGUGGAUCUACAAUGUCCUAAACAGCAUUGACCAAUCAACCUGCAAGCUUUUCACAGCACUCGUCUACUGCAGUAUGUACUCAAGUGUGAUUACAGUAACUAUGCUGAGUGUUUAUCGUUGUUUACGGGUUCGGCAUCUUCAGCUGUGGUCCAGAAUGAGCAGAAGAAGAGAGAGAGUGCUGCUGUUCUGUGGCUGGGCUCUGUCACUGCUUUUCUCUUGUCCUGGUGUACUUACACAAGAGAUCAUUAAAAGUGAAUCCAAAAUGGAGUGUGAAAGAAAACUGGAUUCAGUUGCCAAGCUCAUUGUUGCUGUAAUGGAGUCGCUGUUUGGAUUUCUUCUUCCGUUCAUAAUCAUGUUGACUUCAUAUUAUUACUUACAUAAAAUGGCCACACAGGGAGCGUUCAGACAGAGCUACAGACCAACCAAACUGGUGACCCGGAUUGUCAUCAUUUUCUUCAUUUUUUGGGCUCCGCACCAAAUAAUAAAAUUAGAAGAAAUUUGUGCAGUUUUUUUAAAAUCACAGCCAGUUCUAUCUCCUGCCGGUGACAUUGCUGGAAGUCUUACGUUCAUCAACAGUUGUGUGAAUCCAUUCCUCUAUGCUUUUUCCUCAAAGAGUUUAGAUCAACACAAAACGCAAGUGGAGUCCAGAAGAACUAAAGGCUCACAACACUCCCAGAGCGAUCAUUCAAGAGCUGUGAAGAGCUCACUGAACCCUAGUAAAACCUGACACCUGAAUAUGGACUAAAGAAUCAUAUUGUAUCAACAUGUUGCAUUUUAAGUUUAAGUACAAGUUGGACCAUGAUAUAAGCACCUUUUAAAAAUGCAUUUCAAUGAAUUAAUAAGCACAAUAAUAAGCAUUACUUUUUAAAGUUUAUGAUGAGUUCAAUACUUUAUUGCAUCUGUAUAAUUUAAGAGGCCAUUGUAAUGCAAGAACUAUUUUGCAUAAAUGAAAGCAUUGUCUAAACAACAGUCAUAUUAGUUAAAAGUGAUAUUGUUCAUCAUUAUUUUACAUUUAAAAGUAUUAUAAAUUUGAGAUGCUGCUUUAACAAAUGUAAAAUGCAUAUUGUUUUGUGACCUGAUGUAUCUGACAUGAUGCUCUAUUAUUAUUAAGCCCUUGUUGUGUGAA